UCUCUGUCUCUCUUUUCCCUCAAAAAUAUUUCCAUUUCAAAAUCUCUCGUCUCUCGUCUCUCUCUCUCUCUCUCUCUCUCUCUCUCUCGCUGUCUGUGUGUGUCUUAAAUCUUCACAUUUCUUUGGCUAAUCUCCAAAAUCAGUCGUUGCAAAAAGAAAAUUAAUUGAUAAAAAUGCCGUUCAUAUCGGAGGCAGCAAGCGCCCUCAAGAGCCGUUUCGGUUUUCACAACCGUUCUUCUUCCUCGGAGUCCGUGCCAGCGGCGGUGCCAAGCACGCCAGAUCUACUAAAUUAUAGCGUUUCUCUAGUUUCCACGUCAGCAGUUCGGAGUAUCCCUGACUUGGAGGACGACAGUGCUGAAGGAACCACUGGGUUGGUGGCUCCGCCGCAGACUCAGAGCUUCGAGUUCUCUGAGGACCCGUCGUUCUGGAAGGAUCAUAAUGUGCAGGUUAUUAUAAGAAUACGGCCACUUAGUAGUUCAGAAAUAUCGCUACAAGGUUAUAGCAAGUGCGUGAAGCAAGAGAGCUGUCAAACAAUUACUUGGACUGGGCAUCCUGAGUCACGUUUUACCUUUGAUCUCGUAGCAGAUGAGGCUGUUAGUCAGGAGAAACUGUUUAAAGUGGCUGGAAUGCCAAUGGUGGAUAAUUGUGUUGGAGGUUAUAAUAGUUGUAUGUUUGCAUAUGGCCAAACUGGAAGUGGGAAGACUCAUACAAUGCUUGGGGACAUCGAGGGAGGCACUCGAAGGCACAGUGUUAACUGUGGGAUGACACCUAGGGUAUUUGAAUAUUUGUUCUCAAGAAUCCAGAAGGAAAAAGAAGCUCGUAAAGAUGAAAAGAUAAAAUAUACUUGUAAAUGCUCAUUUUUGGAAAUAUACAAUGAACAGAUUCUUGAUCUUUUGGACCCAUCAACUAACAAUUUACAGAUAAGAGAAGAUGUGAAGAAAGGGGUUUAUGUGGAAAAUCUGAAGGAGAUAGAAGUUACAAGUGCUCGGGAUGUGAUUCAACAACUUAUUCAGGGUUCUGCGAAUAGAAAAGUAGCCGCCACUAACAUGAAUCGUGCAAGUAGUCGUUCUCACAGUGUAUUUACAUGCAUCAUUGAAAGUAAGUGGGAAUCUCAAGGUGUAACCCACCAUCGUUUUGCUCGGCUUAAUCUUGUUGAUUUAGCAGGAUCUGAAAGGCAGAAGAGUUCUGGUGCUGAAGGUGAACGUCUGAAGGAAGCUACCAAUAUCAACAAGUCACUUUCAACAUUGGGACUUGUGAUUAUGAACCUUGUAAGCAUAUCCAAUGGAAAGUCACAGCAUGUUCCUUACCGAGAUUCUAAGCUUACAUUUUUGCUUCAGGAUUCACUAGGUGGGAAUUCAAAAACCACAAUAAUUGCAAAUAUUAGCCCAUCUAUUUGCUGUUCACUGGAGACAUUAAGCACAUUGAAGUUUGCACAACGUGCAAAAUUCAUUAAGAACAAUGCAAUUGUUAAUGAAGAUGCAUCAGGAGAUGUUAUUGCCAUGCGAAUGCAAAUUCAACAGCUUAAGAAAGAAGUGUCCCGUUUACGCAGUUUAGCCAAUGGUGGAGCUGAAAAUCUGGAUAAUGAUAGUUCGGUUAUAAGCUUUCCAGGAUCACCUGGAUCCUUUAAUUGGGAGGGGCUUCAUGGAUCAUUUAGCCCACUUGUGUCUGGAAAAAGGAUGUCUCAGAAGAAAGACUAUGAUAUUGCUCUUGUUGGGGCUUUCAAGAGGGAAAAGGACAAGGAUAUUGCGUUGAAGGCAUUGGCUGCUGAAAAUCAGACAGCUAUACAACUGGCCAAGCAAAGAGCGGAUGAGAUACAAGGCCUAAAAAUGAGGUUGCGAUUCCGAGAAGCAGGCAUUAAACGACUAGAGGUAGUUGCUUGUGGAAAGAUUUCAGCUGAGACACACUUAUUGAAAGAAAGGGAGGAACAUCUGAAGGAACUUGAAGUUUUACGAACCCGGGUAGAUAGGAACCAAGAAGUCACAAGAUUUGCAAUGGAAAAUUUGCGGCUAAAAGAAGAAAUUAGAAGAUUAAAAUCAUUUUAUGAAGAAGGCGAACGAGAGAUGAUGAAUGAACAGAUCAUGGUGUUACAGAACAAGUUGCUAGAAGCUCUUGAUUGGAAACUUAUGCACGAAUCAGAUCCCUUCACAGUUCAGAAAACUAAUUUAGAUGCUGAAGUUCAUGCUGAUCCAGUAAUUUCUAAUCAGGAAGCUGGAACACCUUGGCGCUCUUCCAUUAAUGAGGAAAAUGAAUUCCUUCGCAUGCAGGCCAUUCAAAACCAGGCGGAAAUCGACACACUCCACAAGCAGUUGGGGUUCUGCUUUGAAGAGAAGGAAAAAUUGCAAAGGCAUGCAAAUGAUCUGCUAGCUAAACUUGAAGAAGAGAGAUCUCUUAGAGACAUAAAAGAAGAAACAUCACGAACUGAGCUUCCAAUUUUGGCAACUGAUGCACCGGUUAUCAAUAUUGAUGGCCAAAUGGAGCUGAAAACGAUGGUUGAUGCCAUAGCUGCUGCAAGUCAAAGAGAAGCAGAAGCUCAUGAGAAAGCAAUUAUACUGUCUAAGGAGAAUGAUGAUCUACAAAAAAAGCUAGAAGCUUUCAUUGAGGCAAACACUGAACUACAGACAAAGCUCAAAGCCUUAAUUGAGGAAAAGAAUAGUCUCAUUGAGAUGUAUGAACGAGCAGCUUCUGAAAGCAACUAUAAAACAUUGAAUAAAGCCGAAUCUACUGAAGAAAAUGACAUGGAGAUUGAUAAACAAAAAGAUAUUGAAGUUGAUAGCAAUGGAGGUCCUAUUGAAUUUGCCAAAGUAAAGGAGAGUGACAUGGAAACAGUUGUCAAGAACCUAGAGCAUCAACUUAUGGAAAUGCAUGAAGAAAAUGACAAAUUGAUGGGUCUGUAUGAAAAAGCUAUGCAUGAAAGGGAUGAAUUCAAAAGAAUGCUUUUCUCCAGUAGCCAGAACAGAGUGAAAUCUAGGGAACUUGAUUGCCCAGAAAAGCUUGUUGAAGUUGAUGGAGGGGAAUAUAACGUGUCAUGUUCGCUGCCUAGCGAUCUUGAAGCAAAUAAACUGGAGAAUAGUGUUCUGGCAUCUGCUAAAUCUGGUGAAGCAGUUCUGCAUACUGAAGCAGUUCUUUUCGCUAGCUCUGAUGCUCGGCUGAAUGGACCUAGCCUAUAUCAAGGGGAUCAUCAACCAGAAGAAGAUCAGAUUGGUGUUGGAACCUUUUAUGAUAUGGAAACAGAUCCAUCAAAUCUUACUACAGUCACAGUUUCAGAAGAUCUAAAGUUGGUCCAGAUGAAGCUCGAAACUGCAGAGGAUAAAGUUUCUGAUUCUGUCAAAACGCUUGCUCUUCUAGGUUUACUUGAGAAAGCUUUUCUGGAGUUUGAUAAGCUUUGGAGAAAAAUUGAAGCAGCAGAAGAGGGGUUUCAGGUCAAGCAGCAAGAUUUAAGAUCCUUGCAGCAACUUUCUUCAGAAAUACAUGAAAGAAAAACUCUCACAGAUAAGAAGUUGUCAGCACUUAAAUUUUCUCUUUCAAGCUUUUGUCAAUCAGUUAAUUAUUUUGAACAGCGAGAAGCUAGAGCAAGGGCAAGGGUGAACGCUUCAUCAACUUACCUGGACGAAAAGAAACACGAAUUAGCCCAUCUUUUAGCCUCCAAACGGGAAAUUGAGGCUGCCUUGGGGCGGGAUCGACAAACUGAAGCAGAGUUAAGAAACAACCAUACAAUUCUGAAAUCCAAACUGGAGGAAGAAAACCGCAGAAAGGAGAACGAAAAGAUCCUGUUUGCCAUAGAUAACGUUGAGAAACUAGACAUCUCACAGAAGAAUUGGCAUAUAGGCGGUAAAGCUACUGAUUUGCUGAAGUCUGAGGAAGAGAAGAUCAAGCUGCAAGCUGAGAUAAAGCUGUCCCGAGAGAAGCUUGGCAUUAUAACACGUGAGAUUGACGAUCUGAGUAGGAAGUCUGGGAAGAUAGAUAAUGAAAUACAAGCUGUUAAAACCGACAUUCAGAAAGGGUCAAGAGCUCUAGCGGAGUUGGAACUUGCACUUCAGGGUGUCGUUCAGGAAAAAGAAACUCUCCUGGAGAUGGGAGAGAAUGGAAUCUGUGAAAUUCAGGACAUGAUUCUCGAAUAUCAGCAGAAUGUGUUUGACAAAGAUCUGAAAGAGGAAGAGAUCAAAACAAUGGAAGAAGAAUUACUGCCGGAGCUGAGAAGGCUAGAAGAGCUAAGAGCAGUUAAGACAGCAGCAGCUGAGAAGAUGACUAAACUGCUAGAAGAGACAACCUCGGAUUCAAGCUUCUUAUCCCAAAAAUUGGAAGCAGAACUGCAAAAUGCUCAGGCUUCUAUUCUAGAGGCGAAGACAUUAUUAUUAGUUCAGAAUGUAUAAAUGUUGUUUCUUUACAACAUUUGUAAAGAUAGAUUUAUCAUGUAGAGUUUUGCCAUUCUUAAAUGUUUGUUCUAUCUUAUGAUUAUAUCACGCCCUUUGUUAUAAUAAAACAUGAUGAAGUGUGGAAGGCUAAGUUUCAAUGGAUGCUCAAUUUCAAGA